AUGUCAUCUGUUGAUCAGAAACCCGAAGUCGAAUUGCGCGAAGCCGUCGUUGUAGACCUUGAAUCCGGCGAAAAAAGCUCUAGUGCUGGAAGCAAGCAACAACAGGCUCCCCAGCACCAUGGACCACCUCCUGGACAAGCUAACCCCCUCGCUAUUGGCUUCGCGGCUUUUAGUCUGUGUAGCUUUGUCUUUGGUCUCUAUAACUCGGGUCUUAUCACAGAUAUUCCUCAAGUCGCUACAGGCGUAGCUGUCGGAUUCGGUGGCCUCGGCCAGCUCUAUGCCAGUAUCGCAUGCUUUCUCCAAGGUGAAACCUAUUCCGCUACUACCUUCUUGACAUAUUCCGGCUUCUUCUUUGCCUUUGGCAUCAUGUUCAGCGUGCCUUCUGGAUUCGUUGAAGCAGCUACUGCUGAAGGCUCGAUUGAUCCACUCAACAAAUGUAUGGGUCUGGUCCAGCUUGCUUUUGCCAUCUGCUCCUUCUUUUACUUUCUCGGUACUUUGCGUCAGCCCAAGCUCAUCCAGCUUAUUUUGCUUCUGGUGUUCUUUACUUUCUUGUUCGGCGCGAUCGGUGCUCUCACUGGCAUCCAUGCUAUUACUGUUGCCUCUGGAUGGUUUUCCUUUGCAUUGGCAGCUGUUGCAUGGUAUGUUAUGUGCUUCUUCAUUUAUACUCCAGAGAACACUUUCAUCCGUUUGCCAUUCUUUUAG